UUCCGUAAAGCUUCCCCCCCCCCGGCUUCAUUAAACAGAAGAUACAGAAUUGUUUACGAAAAGUCCAAAGACCAGAGCAGUCAGAACAAGACUUUUCCAUGCAAUGUCACUGAAAUAUCAUUAAAGAAGAGUAUUCUGUUGUUCCUCGAGGACCGGGCACGGACACAGCAGCCUCCUCCGAGCCGCGCAUGAACUGGGAUGCACCGCCGCUAGCCUGUUACUAGCUUGCGCGUUAGCUUUCCGAACAGCUCCGUUAUUACGACGGGACCAAGCAGACCACACAGUGCAUUAUGACAGACAGCAUUAUGAGUAAAGCUGCCACAAUGGAGAUUCCUAUCAACAGUAACGGUGACACAGGGACACUACCGGAAGACGACAGCCUUGAACAGGCUGCAAAGCUGCAGUGGAGCUUAGAUGAGAAGGUAGGGAGCUCCAGAGGCACCAGGGACCUGCAGCAGGUGAUGGUAUCAGGUCCUAAUCUCAAUGAGACUAGCAUUGUGUCUGGGGGCUACGGAGGAACAGCAGAGGGCAUUAUCCCCACCAGCUCAAUCAAAGAGCUGCGUAUGAAGGCCAGGCGAAGUAGCAGUCCUGCCAUCUGUCACAUAGAAAGCCAAUCACAUAAACAUCAAGGUUCCAACAUGCACCACAGCAGCAGCAGCUCAUCAAUGACAGCCGAGGAAACAACCCGCGGUGUGGCCGUGGAAAAGCUAGAAACCGUGAAGAAAUGGGGUCUCAAUACUUACAAGUGUACAAAGCAAAUGAUCUCAGAGCGUUUCGGUCGGGGUUCCCGGACUGUGGACCUGGAGCUGGAGGCUCAGAUUGAGGUGCUGAGAGACACUAAAAGGAAAUAUGAAAAUGUGCUCCGAUUGGCCAGAGCGCUGACCAACCAUUUCUACAACAUGGUGCAGACGCAGCACGCGCUGGGCGACACCUUUGCUGACCUCAGUCAGAAAUCUCCAGAGCUGCGGGAUGAAUUUGGCUACAAUGCAGAGACUCAGAAAUUGCUGUGUAAGAACGGGGAGACUUUACUCGGUGCCAUUAACUUCUUUGUGUCCAGCAUCAAUACGUUAGUCAACAAGACUAUGGAGGACACCCUGAUGACCAUCAAGAUGUAUGAAAAUGCAAGACUAGAGUUUGAUGCCUACCGGUCAGACCUUGAGGAACUGAGUAUGGGUCCAAGGGAUGCUGUAGCCAUGGCCCGUAUAGAAGCCGCUCAGCAGCAGUACCAAGUCCAUAAGGAAAAGUAUGAACGUCUUCGCUCGGAUGUUGCCAUUAAGCUCAAGUUUCUCGAGGAGAAUAAGGUGAAGGUGAUGCAUAAGCAGCUCCUUCUCUUUCAUAAUGCCAUAUCAGCAUAUUUUGCUGGCAACCAGCAGCAGCUGGAGCAAACGCUGAAGCAGUUCAACAUAAAGUUGAAGCCCCCAGGAGAUGACAAGCCCUCCUGGUUAGAAGAGCAAUGAGAGGCCGUCGCCGGACCUCCUGCAGCCUCCUUCUCAACCAACAACUCCACCUGUUACCUGUUGAAACCCCCAAAUUAACAGAGGACCACUACAGAGAGAAAUGCGAAGAAAUAACUGGUUGGAUGAAGAUACGAGAUAGGUGUAUGGCGGGAUGUUUGGACAGAUGAAUAACAGGGUAUUAGUCAUGAAUGGGCUAAAUGCAGCAGGAAACCAAGUGGCCAGUUUCAUGGACAGAGGGCUUUUAGUGCCUCUUUUCCCAAUUUCCCUUUUUUUCACUUUAACCUCUCUUUGUGCUUUGUUCCCUGAAACUCCUUUAACCGUUCCCUCCAGCUCUUAUACUUGACUCAGUCCCAACCUAUCUCAACACUAUUUUGCUGUGUGAACUUGUUAAUGUUUAUGGCCAUCAUUGUACUCCUCAAGUGCUCCCAGUUAAACUUAAACCACACACACACAGAGACACACAUAUCUUGGUAACAAAGACAGAUGAGAAGAGUUUAAAAAAAAAAAAAAAAAAAAAUGAAAGCACACACAGAUAUAAGGAAACACCACUUCAAAACUCCCAGACCUUCUCCCUCUCCUACUGUGCCUCCUUAUAUAUGAGCUGAUCAGUUUAAUGAAAACGUGGCCUGAAGGAAGAAAGAAAAGUCCAGAAAAAUAUUUUCAACUGUACAUGAAAUGGUUUCAGUUUGGUACGCUGGAAUGUUCAGAACAAUCAAAUCGUUGUACAUUUCCAAUUUAAGUACUGUUUUUUUUUU